CUUGAGAGUGAGACCGUGAGACUCAGACUUGAGAGGAGAGCCCUAGAGUAAAGGUUGAGUGAUCGACGACUUCACUAUUCAGAGUUGCGCCGUUGCGGGUUGUGCCGUGUGCGUCGACGUCGUACUCUCGCAGUCGUUGCAACUGGGCAAGGGCCAAGCCGCCAAGGGGUCGAGGGUAGACUGGAAUGACCGACAAGUGACGUCGCUGAGAUAGCAAUGGCAAGUAAAGCUGUGAAAUCUGUGGCAAAGGCAGUUGGGGAAUACCAGUACCCAUGGCAUGAGAAAUUGGCAAAACACAAGGACGAGCUGGCCAAAGGUGUGUGGGGUUACUGGGAGCUAGGGGCCUGGAAGCCACUCGGCAUCAGUGCUCGUCAUCGAGCAAGGCUUCGCAAGGAAGUCCUCCUUGCAGGGGAAGAUUGGCCAUAUGAUCCAGAGAGGAAGGAGAUGAGAACAAAGAUGAAAGGGCAUAAGUGUGAUCGUAUUUCUGCAGAGAAAAGGGCAAAUACUGCCAAGCUGAUGGAGAAAAUGCCAGAAAUGUUGCUGGCAUACAGGAAACGCAAGUGGGAGAAGAAAAUGAAGGAAGAAGAUAAGGAGAAGAAUAAGUAAAACUGCUUUGUAUUUGACUUGAUUCCUUUUUCUCAAUUUUUACUCUGCAAUCCAUCUUUAUGUUGUUAAAUGAAAACUGAAGGAUGAAUUUUAUUAGUUUUUCCCAUAAAGAACAUCUGGCAUGGAUUUGAAGGGUUCGCUUUCUCA